ACCACGGCGUCUGCACUUCAAUCGCGAAGCUAAGUUUUUGAAGCGCGUAACUAUUAUAUGAGCCACUUAACCACGACCAAACAAAGCUGUAAUGGUGGUUAAUUUUAUGGUGGGGUUUAAAAAUUUUUUCAUGUCUAAGGAGUAUUUUUGGUAUGUUCAUACUAAUUUUUGGCAAAACUAAUAUGGUGACAUAGAAGGACUAUGGCACCUCCAAUGAUACGUGAAUUUGUCAGUGGAAUAUAUGGUUUUCCAACAUCAACAAUGGACUGGUGUGAAGAAAAUUAUGUUGUUACCUAUGCCAUAGGAGAGUUUUGGAAUACAAUUAGCAAUUGGGUGAUGAUCUUCCCACCUAUGUUAGUUGCGUAUCGAUUAUGGAAAUACAAACUUGCUGAAGAUCGUAUUAUUGCUGCGCUCUUUGCAUUAAUGUUAAUCGGAAUUGGCUCCUUUGCUUUUCAUUGUACUCUGUUAUAUCAAUCUCAGUUGCUUGAUGAGUUACCAAUGAUAUAUGGCACAUGUAUAAUGUUAUACUGCAUAUUAGAACUAAAGGGAGAAGAAAACAAGUUAAAUCUCUGCACUGCUACAAUUUUAAUGAUUAUUUCUAUUGCCAUUACUCUGGUAUAUGUCUUACUUGAGAAUCCACUUAUUUUUUUGUGGAGUUAUGGCAUUCUUGCUGCUACACUGUUUUUGUUAAACGUUAAAGCAUGUAUGAGCUUCAAUGGUAAUAAGAAAUUAUUUAUUUUAUCAUCUGCCAGUUAUGCUUUUGGUUUUAUUUUAUGGAAUAUAGAUAACGAAUACUGUUAUAAAGUCAGAGAAGUGCGUAGUGCUUUACCGCUUCUCCUUCAGCCAACAACACAGUUGCAUGCAUUAUGGCACACUUUUGCUGGCAUUGGUACUUAUGGUCAAAUAAUAUUUAACAUGGAUCUUCGAAUUAAAUGUUUGGGUUUUGAGUCAAGACCAUCAUAUGUAUGCAAGUAUAUUUUAUACUUUGAAAAAGCUCGAGGUUUUAAACGCGGUUAUGACAUUAAUGAUGUUGAAAGUCAAAAUCAAAAACCUUUAUCAACUAAAGAGAUCUACUAACAAACAAGAAUCACCAAAAGAACAUAUCCUAUAUAUGAUUACAGCUUGAUGUGUCGAGUUUUAUUCCUCAGGACGUAUUUUUUUACCUUGUCUUUUUUAACUGUAUUUAGACAGUAAAAAAUUACCAAUUUCAUAGUUUUUUCGAUGCAAACAAAAUGAAAAAUAUACUUAUUAUUAUUAACAAAGAAAAAUUUCUUUGCAAAUGUGUUCUGUUAAAAAAUAUCUUUAAAUUCGAAUAUGUAAUAUAAGAAGAAAAGAAUGAUCUCAUAUUUUCUCUCGAUUUGUGAAAGCUUUUUAAAUUUUUAAUUUUUUCGAAUGGUUUACACGUUGAAUUGUAUUUUUAUAUAGUUUUUUUUAUUUUCACGGAGUUCCAAUUUAGUUGUAUAAAUUUUUUUUUUCUAUUUAUCAUUUGUAUUUGAAUAAUUAUUCGCUAUUUAUCUAAAUUCGUUCCUGA